UGGCCGCGCGCGCUACUUGCCACGGAGCUUGCGAGCUUGCGGUGGUCGCGACGCCUAGCCGCGUGCCGGUUCUCCCGCGAUUAUCAUGUGCCCUAUUGGUGCGAUGCGUUUGGUGAUUUUCCUCGGGCUCUUUCUCUGCUCCGGUUUGUGCCAAAAUGCAGGAGCUGGAAGACAUUAUCAUGACUUGGAAGAUCGACAUGAUGAUUUCUGGGAUGCGCCACCCGAGGGAUCGAAGACGAUGAGGUUGGAGGGGGAUCAGCGGUUGGGGCCGCCGCCGCCACCCCCGCUCAGGGAAGCGACUCUGGCGUCACCGCAAGCAAACGGAAAUGAGAAUACAACCCUCGUGCCACGAAACCCCGGCGGAGAAUCGUUGGACCUCCGCGGACAGCCGGCCACUAGUGCAAGCAGUGGUGGUGCAAAGUCGCGGGAGGCGCGAGCCGAUCGCCGUCGCAAGAGGCUCGAACGCCGUAAACAAUAUCGCAGGGAGCGUCGGAGGCGCAUGCGCAAAGAGCGAGGCGAGCACAACAGACGCAUGCGGAACAAGGAUCGCGAGGCGAGCUCGCGUAGGUGGAACAGGGACCACAGGCAGAACAGGGUUGAUAGCCGAGGCAAUGAGCCCAAGUGGCGCGACAGCCUCAUGACGCGACUCGUCAAGAUUCUCAACAAGCAGACGCCAUUGAGGGCCGACCCUUUGAGCAAGAACUCCCUCAAUCUCUCGACGACGAACUUCGAUGAGAGUAUUGGAUCCAUAAGAUCAUUUGAGAUGGUAAAUAGUACCUCGUCCUCCAUUUAUCCGACUCAACUAACAACGGAGCCACGAAUACCGGAGCCACCGGAGCCGACUUCGCGUUAUCACGUACUCCCGGGGGACAUAGAGCGCGACUUCUCACGCCAAAUGGAACGCGAAUUUUUACGAGCGCAGAAAGGCACGAGCAAUCAGCAUGACAAGGAAAUUGAAGACGAGGACAGAGAGGUAGAGGAGGAAGAUGAGGAAGAGGACGAGGAGGUGCAAACGAACGAAGUAGACGAAGAUUUCCCGAGGUUCGACGAGCGAUACCCACAAGCGACGAAACAGACCGAAGAGAUGGUGAAAGGACCUUUUGAUCCCGAGAGAAUACUCGGCUAUUCGCGGACGGAUGAAGAUCUGCCGAUUUUGGACAUGGAAAAAGAAGUGCUGCAAAGAACACUUAAGGACUACAACGCCUAUAUGAGCUCUAGUAUGGCCAGGGUUGCCAAUUCCGGCAAGUUAAAGGAUAAGAAGGACGGAGUUUACCAAGGAAUAGCGAGAAAAGAGUCACCGCCCAGGACGCCCAGCACAACGGAGGCGGUCAUUUUCUUAACGGACGAGGAUGACCCGCGGGGAGAUUUGUCGUGCAUAAACGGAACAUUUGUGCCAGCUCCGUUCAUUCGACACGCCGUCAUCAAAUAUGUUAAGUCGUCGAGACCGGGCCACGAGUACCUCGAGGCGGACUACGAGUGCGAAGGUGAAUUCGCUAUGACGAACAACGCGAGCAGCGCCCGACUCCUCUGUAGCAACAGACGCUGGAUUGGUCACGUGUCCGAGUGCAGGUUCGUCGGCGACGACGAGGCCACCUGCGCGCGACUCGGAUGCGAGCAGCUCUGCAGGAUCGUCCAGGGUAGAGCCGCCUGUCUCUGCCGCGAGGGUUUCCGCAUUGACGGCCCCAGGUGCACAGACAUCAACGAGUGCCAUGGGAACGAGGGACGCGGACCCUGCCAGGACACCUGUCGCAACUACCCGGGCGGUUUCGCCUGCUCCUGCGAGGGGCGGCCCGACGCCGUCCUCGCCGCGGACAAUCGCACCUGCCAAGAGGUCGAGCAACCUGACACCGGACCCUGCAAUUACGAGAACGCCGGCUGCUCGCAUACCUGCCUCGCGAGCAUGGGCCGCGUAUUCUGUCUCUGCCCCGAUGGAUUCAUGCUCGAGGACGACUGGAAGACCUGCCAGGACGUCGACGAGUGCGCAGUCCCGGAUCUCCAGACCGAAGUCUGUCGCUACGGCUGCGUCAACACCCCCGGAUCCUACCGCUGCGAUCCUCCGCAGCAGUCGCUCAAUGAACUGGACGAGGUGCCAAAAAGAUCGGACGACUGCCUCGUCGGCUACGAGGUUACCUCCAAGCGAAACUGCGUGGAUAUUAACGAGUGUGCCAUGAACAAUGGCGGAUGUAACGAAGUGUGCGAAAAUACCGAAGGAAGCUAUUUCUGUGCCUGCGAAGGUGACGAAAGAAUUUUAUCGCCGGAUAAAAAAACCUGUAUUGCUAGGUGUACCGAUGAAUGUCAUGUCACAGUUGCGGAAAAGCGUUUCGAAAGCCUCGAAAGAGAGGCAACACUGAGCUUGCGCUUUCGGAAACUCGGUGAGGUCUCGUGCUCACCUUUGAAUCCAGCGGGUCGAGGUUACCUCAUCUGCUCGGGUGAGGAGAGGCCGUCGACCGUGGCCACGGAGGCCUCAACGAGGCGCAAAGCCGCUGCUGCUGGCACGGAUGAGGAAGAUGAGGAGGGGGAGAACGAGGAGGAGGACGAGGACGAGGAGGCGGAGGACGAAGUCGCGGAGACGAACGAGACGGAGGUCGAGAGUCAGCCGAUACGCCCGGGUACAAAGUGCCACCUCAAGUGCCCACGCGGCUACGAGCUACACGGCGAGUACGAGCUCAUGUGUCGACUCGACGGCACCUGGGACGGACCCAAACACGGCGAAUGUCUACGUUACAGCAAACCGAGGCUCGACUGCCCGAAGGAUAUCACGGCGGAAUUGCCUCCAGGCCGGGACGAAGCCUUCGUGACGUACGAGCAGCCGUCGACGGAUCUCGAUUGGUUUCGCUAUGUACGCUCGAAACCAUCCUGGGGCACGAGGCUCGAGGCCAAUCUCAAGAAGGGACUCCACGAAAUCACCUUCUACGCCCGCCACCCGGUAUCCAAGAAGCAAACGAGCUGCACACUUAAGAUAACCGUCGAAGAGGGACAAGCACCAAAGGUCAAUGGUUGCCCGAGUGAUAUCGAAAUUACGGGGAAAAACGGUUCAGCCAUAACGUGGAUCGAGCCCACAUUCACUGAUAAUAUUAAAGUCACUGGAAUAACUAAUAAUGAGAGUCCCGGACGGAUUUUUAACGUCGGCGGACACAAGAUCGAGUACGAGGCCAGCGACGAGGCCGGCUGGACGACCAAGUGCAUCUUCACCGUAGUGUUGCGAGCCGCUGGCGAGUAGAGAAGGGCGGGGAGCACCAACGCGGGAAUAUACGGGAGGUAAUUUAAAUGGAAAUCGCGACUCCCUCGCUUUUAUCGUUCGAGGACGGUGUUGGUGAGGAGAUGGUGGAGGGAGGGUUAAAGGGACAGAGGGAUAGAGGAUGCUAAUGGAUUUCCGCGGAUAAGAAUAAAAAUCCGCGACGCGGCUCGAGUGGCGAACAAAACGAAGCCGAGUUGCCGAAACAUUGACUGUCCGUGGCUUCUCAGUUUAGCUGCGACGACUAACGACGGCGAAUUUUUUUUCUUCU